AUGGCUCGACAAGAUGUGGCAGUGAAUCCUGUGACGAUUGUCAUUAAGGAAUGCAUCACGCUAUCCACGGCAAUGAGAAAAUACACACGCUACACUUCACAACUAGGGGUGGCAGCUCUAUUAGGCGGCGGGAGCGACAUAUUCAGCAACCAGGAUGAUUCUCUGGCGGAUGCGUUCAGCAACUUGGCGAGCAAAACUAACGAUCCCCUGCUGUCGGGGUUCAUUCAACUGCGGCUGAUGCUGAACAACCUCAAGACUCUGGAUGAAGUCGAUGCAUUGACAGUGUUGCAGCCGUUUCUGCUUGUGAUCAGCACUGCGUCGACAUCGGGCUACAUCACUUCACUUGCCCUGGACUCGAUCCACAAGAUUUUUAGGUACAACAUAUUGAACGAGCACUCCAAGAACUACGUGGCUGCCUUCCGCCAGACAGUGCACUCGUUGACACAUUGCCGAUUUGAGGGCUCUGAGCAGACUUCGGAUGACUCGGUUCUGCUGAAGGUAUUGUCGCUGAUCGAGACGAUUGUGGUAUCGUCUUGCGGGGAUGUCUUGUCGGAUUCGCUGAUGAGUGACGUCAUACAGACCGUGAUGUCGCUUGCCUGCAAUAAGCGACGGACGGAGGUGUUGCGUAAGGCGGCCGAGAUGAGCAUGAUGUCUAUUACGGUGAAGCUGCUGGCGAAGUUGAGAGCGAUUGAGCCUACGAAUACUGAAAAGUACAUCAACGACGAGAGUUUUGCGACUGCCCUCCUAAAAGAGGACAUCAUCGGGACCAUGCCAAGGGCCACGACGGAUGUGAGUGUUGAGAAUGGCACGCUUGUCGCCACAGAGGCUAAGAAGCAUGAAGACGCGCCAGUCGAUGACACUACUCUGGAGGAAAAUUACGGUCUACCUGUGGUCAAAGACUAUCUGGGCAUAUUAAUAUCCUUGAUAGUAAUAGAGAAUUCUCAUAAGCAGAAUAACUCCACCAAGGUAUUUGGGCUGCAUCUACUGAACAUGACAGUUGAACUGGCAGGAGACUUAUUCCCCAAGCAUCCUCGUCUGUUUAGUCUGGUAUCCGACCCGAUCUUCAAAAAUAUAUUAUACUUGAUUCAAAACACGGAUAAACUAUCCCUUCUUCAAGCUGCAUUGCAACUCUUCACGACCCUAACUAUUAUUUUGGGUGACUGUCUACAGAGUCAAAUUGAACUGACUUUAAAAACCAUCUUUUCCAUUCUCUUAGAUGAGAAAAAGGGCAAUGACAAUAAGAUUAGGCCUUCCGCAGUUAAAGAGUUGUUAGUUGAACAAAUAUCUAUUCUGUGGACGAGAUCGCCAUCCUUUUUCACGUCAAUAUUUAUCAACUAUGACUGUGAUCUUGAAAGGUCAGAUCUAGCGAUCAAUUUCCUCAAGAAGUUGACGAAGCUAGCCUUGCCUGAGUCGGCUUUGAUAACAGCGGAUAGCGUACCUCCAAUCUGCCUAGAGGGUUUCAUAUCUUUGAUAGAUGAUAUGCACGCCAACGUGCAGAGAUCGGGUGAAAAAUUCGACUCCGAUUUGCAGGUUGAUAUAUUGGUACAGCGAGAACGCAAAAACGAAUUCAUCCGUUGUGUUGAAGAAUUCAAUAAGAAACCGAAGGUCGGGAUACCCCUUCUUAUUGAGAAAAACUUUAUCAAGUCCGAAGAUGAAAGUGAUAUUGCUUCCUUUUUAUUUGAAAACAAUACCCGUUUGAAUAAGAAAACAGUAGGUGAAUAUCUUGCAAGUCCAGAUAAAGUUUCCUUACUGCGGAAAUUCAUUGACCUAUUCGAUUUUGAAAACCUCCGUGUAGAUGAAGCUCUUCGGAUUUUAUUAACAAAGUUUCGGUUACCUGGUGAAUCCCAGCAAAUCGAACGAAUCGUUGAAGCUUUCUCUGCCAAAUAUGUGUCAAGCCAGCAUUACGACGAGUCCAAGGCCGGGAAAGAUAUUGAAGACGAUUAUAGUACGGUACAGCCAGACUCAGACUCCGUUUUCAUUUUAAGUUACUCGAUUAUUCUGCUAAACACAGAUCUACACAAUCCGCAAGUCAAAAAGCACAUGACUCUAGACGAUUAUACCUACAAUUUGAAGGGAUGCAACAAUCAGAAGGAUUUCCCAAUGUGGUACAUGGAGAGGACUUACUAUUCUAUCAGGGAUAAAGAAAUUGUAAUGCCAGAGGAACACCACGGUAGCGAUGGCUGGUUUGACGACGUUUGGAAUAAUUUGAUAUCCUCUAACACUGUACUCACUGAGCUAAAUACACCUCGCCAUAACUCAAUUGAAGAUAUGGAUCCUGCAUACACGUUGCAUUUUGACAGAGCAAUUUUUCAAAAUGUCGGCUCACAGAUUGUUUCGACCUUGUUUAAGAUAUUUGCCGUUGCAUCCGAUGAUAAUAUUAGCACAAGGAUGUUGUCUACAAUCGACAAAUGUUCUCAACUAGCAUCCUUCUUUGGAUUUACAAAACUUUACAAUGGAAUUUUGACCGAAACUAUCAAGUUUACAACAUUGACCGGUGAAACUAAAAACGCGAGAAAAUUAUAUGACUUUAAUGAUGUACCAGUUGUGCUAAUACACCUUGAAGAUACUAUGGAAGUAAUCACUGUUUCCAGUCAAUCCGUAAGACUUGGGCAGGAUUUCAAGGGACAAUUAGCAACAGUGGUACUCUCCCGAAUUCUGGGGAAUACCGGUAAAAAUACCAUUAGUAAAGAGAUCUGGGUCCAACUAUUAAAUAUUUUGCUAGUGCUCUACGAGGGACUAGUGAUUCCACCAGAUCUGUGUCCGCAAGUACAAAGAGAGUUAGCAUUGGGACCAUUGCCGAAACCGUCUGCAGAAUAUAAUAUCAACAAAACCAAAUUUACCAAAGGGUUGCUGUCUACAUUUGCUUCAUACUUGAAGGGAGACGAGGAGCCUACUGAAGAAGAAAUAGCUUGGUCCGUGAAAGGGAUGGAGACCAUAGAAAACAGUCAAUUAAUAUCGUCUAUUCUUGGCGCCUCUCAGGAAACGGAGGCUGAAUUGAUCUCCCAUAUCCUAGGGGCUGUGAAGUUAGAAAAAAAUGGUGAUAAUUCAAGAUUCUUCGAGCAGGAAAUUCUCUUUUUAUGCGAAUUGGCAAUAUCCAUGUUGGUUCGCUGUCAGAAUAAGUCAACAGGUAGACAGAUAUUGACGCAAUUGAAGAUAUUUGCAGAAAUAAAUGGAAUAUCAAAGGCGUUCCGUCAACGUUUGUUAAGUUACAAUAUUUUUGUGAUAAAGCAGCUUGAGACCCCCGAAGCUAUCAUCAGCCUUAUUGAUAAGGAGAUGUUGUUUAACAAUGAAAUAUAUGACAGUGAAUUCUUCGAGUCUGACCCUGGAAUGAGUGUAUUGAACAGUUUAUUGUCAUUAUCUCAACAAGAUGCAUUUACAAGUGAACUCUUGGCCAAUGAAGGUUUCUGGAAGCUACUGCGAAGAUAUGCCCCAUUAAAGAAAUGUACUCUGGCCGUGUACAACUUCUUGGAUAACUUCAUUAUAACAAACCAGGGUUUGAUAACCGACGAAAACUUUAUGUGGAUGCUUGGUUUGUUGGAUGAAAUAUCAUCAACUGGUGCUGUUGGAGGACGAUGGGAAGAAGAAUUUGACCGAUUGGUUAAAAGUGGUCGUGCGGUCGAGAAAGAGAAUCCCUAUCAGGAAAUUGUCGACCUCUCUUUGAAGUCUAUCAAUUUAACUUCUCAGCUAAUAAAAGUCAGGACAAAUCUAACUAAAACCGAGAUUGUGGCCUUGAUCCAGGCCUUGGCGCAUCAAUGUUUGAAUCCAUCGUACCAGCUGCGCCUCUAUGCCCUAUCUUCAUUAGAGGAUGCAAUGACCAAGGGUAUUUUGGUAUCGAAUGACACUAUAACGGUAUCAGAAUUGUUUGAACAUGGCUUAUUCCCCCUCAUCGAUAACAGCAAAAAUAUCAAUGCAUUACCAUUGUUGGAUAUUAUGUCUACUUUAUCCAGAAUAUAUCUUUACUACUUGGAAUGUGGCAAAACAACUAAUGACACUUAUAUGAAGGUGCAAAACAUGUUUAAUAAAUAUGUGGAGAACCCGACCAUGGAGCAGAAGCUGCAGGAACUGAUCACUGCUAAAAAAGAGAUCGAGAAAAAUAUUAACGGACCAUCUAGACCUCAUACAGUUGCGGAUAACAAAGAAACUUCUAUGGAAGAAGCGCCAGGUCCAGUAGAGGAAAAGUGA